UCGACUCUGGCCGCCGUCCUUGCUCGCCCAUCGCCCUGCGUCCUUGCCCUUCCAUCUGUCGCCCUCGUCCGAGCGCCUGUCCACCUGUUUGCCCGAGACACCCCGUCCGCAAGCGUCGCAUCGCCCACCUGUCCGCCGGGGAUCAGCCCGUCGCUCACGCCUGCAUCCCUCGCCCUCAAUCUCACUCCCUCCUCAUCGAUACUUGCUGCCUACUCUCCAGCUACUCCACAAUGUCUCGCCGCUCGCUGCUCGACCUCCUGUUCUUGCUUGACUGCACGGCCUCGAUGGGGCCCUACAUCGCCAAGGCCACCGAGUCGAUCAACACCAUCGUCGAAACCAUUGCGAAUGCCGAACAGUCUGAUGUUAUUGUUGGGCUGAUUUCGUACCGCGACCACCCGCCGCAAGACCUCAGCUAUGUCACUCGCUGCUACCCGUUCACCAGCAGCAUCCCCGAGAUGAAGACCCAUCUGGCGAUGCAGCGGCCCCAGGGUGGUGGCGACGGGCCUGAGGCCGUCACGGCUGCCCUCAACGACGCCCUGAAAAUGAACUGGCGACCCAACUCGACCAAGGUCCUGGUGUUGAUUGCCGAUGCCCCGCCUCACGGCAUUGGCGAGCGCCACGAUGGCUUCCCGGAUGGCGACCCCCACAAGGUCGAUCCCCUCGUCGUUGCCCGGCAGCUGCAGCAGCUGGGUGUCUGCAUCUACUCGGUCGUCUGCGAGCCAGCCAUCUCGCAAAAGUACCAGUACGCCGUGGACUUUUACAAGGGCCUGAGUCGGAUUACUGGCGGCAGCAUGGUGCCGCUGACCUCGGCCGAGCUGCUGCCGGACGUCAUCGUCGGUGGCGCACAAGAGCAGAUGAAUCUGGCCCGGCUCUCGAACCAGGUCGAGAUGGCCGUCCGCACCGAAGUCAACGACGGCGUCAUGACCGAGGACGACCUGAUCGACCGACUGUUCUCCAAGAUGAGCAUCAGCAACGUCGUCACCAAACAGCUCAAGGUCGACGAUCCGUACGUCAACAUUCCCGAGGCCGAGCACAACGCCACCGUCUUUGCAAACUCGUUUGAUCUGGCUGCGGCCCGGUCACAUCUCAAGGCCGUCUCCACCAACCGCCUGCGCGAGUCGUACACCUACAGCGCCACCUCGGGCGGCUAUGACUACAAGCGCUCGACUGACCCGGCCUACAAACAUCACGGCUCCGGCGUCUUUGGUGGCUACUUUGGCAGCUACGAGCCCCGAACGGUAGUGCCGCCGCCCAUCUCCCGAAAGGACGACAGUGGCGCCGACGUCACCUUUGGCGAGAUGGAGACGGAUGCGGAGCGGACACAGUCUGUCCGCCUCGCCGAGGAGGCCAUCUCCUACGAACAAGUUCGCCGUCUUGUGCGUCAGGUGGGUGUCACCAGCACCGCCAUUCCGGCCUCAUCGACCGGCGAGGAAAUGUCGAUGGACAUGGAUUCGUGAGCCAUCGGCUCCGUCGCGCAACUAGGAGUCCCAAACAGAAGAGCCCGCAAUCACUCCAAGAAAAGGAAGAAAAAAUGCAAUCUCGAGCAUGUCUGCAACAUCCAAAACCCAGACCCCCCCUCCAGCGGCGCUGCUCUCCCUCCGACG